UUUGUUUUUUGUUUGUUUUGAGGUGUCAUUCUAUUGAGGGUUUAUAUAUGUAUAUGUAUAUAUCUCCAUCCUAAUUGUUGGCAUAACAUUAAAAUUAGUGACACAACACAGGUUUCUUGUAUAGGUUUUGAGAAACUAGCAGUCCUCAAAAUAGCAGACCAAGCAAUGUAGUUUUUGCUAAUGGCACUUGCUGUGACUCAUGAUAGGGACCUACUGUUGAUGAGCAUUCCAACUAAAAUAGCUUUCACUUCACCAUUGAUUAACAUGGCUACCUUGCUAAAACAUUUUCUGAAACCAAAAGCUAGAGUGAUCAUUCAUAGCAUUGUCUUAUUAAAAGACUAUGUCAUACUGUAUCGUAGAAAAAACCAUUCUGGGUAGCAGGAUUUGCUUCCUGGUCUAUUAGGUUAUCUGUUCUCCCUUCUAACUUUAGGUAAUGUCUGAAAACAGUGCCAUUCAGGUAUUGCUUAGGUAACUAAACCAGUGAAACCAGUGAGACUGCCUUUAUACUGUUACCAAGAACAGCAGACUCCCAUUUGAAAAAAAAAACAAAAAACAAAACUCUUAUUACCCUACUCAAAUUAUUCAUCUUUAAAAAGGCAUAGGGUUUUUUUUUUUAAUGUUUAUCAUCUUGACUUUUUUUUCUCUUGAAAAUUUUUGGAUUAAUUUGAAGAUCAUUUCAAAAUGACCCAGGAUAUCACGAUCUAUUUUUCCUCUUCCUAAAUUAUUUCUCAAAACAAUGUAAUUUCUAUGUGUGAUGACGUAGCAGUCACUAACAACCUCAGCGCACUUUUUGGUUAGAUAUUCCACUCCAAAUAGCUAAAAUCAACUGCUUUUGGGAUUCUAAAUGUACUUAAAAUUACAGGGUCUGUAUGAAAAUGCCAGACACAUUAAUAAAUUAAAUUUUGGUGGCCCAUUCAUGAUACGGCUCUUUUAUCUCCGGAUUCUGAGAUUGAAAAGGUGACUUGAUCAAGCUACUGAAUUACUGUAAUAAAACAAUUACUCCCUUAGAAUUUUAAUUUAGAAUUUGUCUACUUCCAAAAAGGGUUUAAAGCAGUUAUUACUAGACUGGCAUUAGGUUAUUUCAAAUGUUGCGGAACAGAGGAUCUUCGUGUAUUUAGCUUAACAAUACAAAAAGAAAUUUUGCAAGCAUAAAUAUUCACUCUUACAACAUGGUGGCAAGGCUUUUCUUUGCAGAACAAUCUUUGCCCUCUUACCUGCCAGACUCUUCUCUCAUGCUCAGUAUGUGAGGCAGUUAAGUAAAAGGGAAAAACACUAAAAGCAACUAAAAUGAUUGGCAAACUUCUCACUGUAACCUAAACUGCUUAGCAUACAAAAUUAUCGUCUACCCAAUAGGGUUUUAUGUCCUUUAACUGAAAAGGACACUAAAAAUAAUUAUUGUGGACUUGAGCUUUUCUCUUUCGGCGGGGCGGGGGGUGGGGGGGAGAAUCACCUCUCUUACAAAGAUAAAAGGCACAGAACUAACGUCUUUCAUCCUUUAUUGUAUUGGUGCGAUUAUGAAAUAUUAUUAUGGCUUAUAAUUUAGCAAGAAAGUGCCAAGAAGGUUAUUAUUAAUCGACAAUGAAUGCCGUUGAUACCUUCAUGCUCUUUGAAGACAGGAUGCUCCGGCUUUGAAGCGCUGCAUUUCUACAUUGCUAACCUACAGGAACCUAUGUUGAGGUGGUCCCACCGAAAUACACGGCUAAUAGUUCAUCUCUUCCCUCCAGGAACCUUCAGGUUUUUUGUUUUUUUUUUUGAGACGGAGUCUCGCUCUGUUGCCCAGGUUGGAGUGCAGUGGCGCGAUGGAACCUUCAGGUUUUACUAAGCAUCCUUACCCUAAUUAUCUAAAUCUUUGAGACGUAAAUUAUUUGAUGUGGCUAAAAAUCCUCCUGCUAGAAUUUAGGUCCAAUCCUUUAAUGUUCGGAUACUCAAAUUCUUUAACGAAACUGAUCACUGAGCUAGGCCGACACAAGUCCGCCAAAAUGUCCGCAGAAACGUUAAGAAAAGCUGUCAUAAGGCCAGCUUGAGAGACAUCAUAAAAGGCCUUCGCUGUCCUUUGAGUUAAUUAUCUAACACCCGAAGAGAGUGCCAGUUCUAGUUAGAAUCCGCGCGUCAGGUUCUCCAACAGUCAGAAGGGCUUGUGUGAGGGCAGGGAAGAUUUUAAACCCCGUUUCAGGCCCCUUCCCUAGGCUGUAGGAAACCACCCACUCUGAAGCCCGGCGGGGGAGGAGUGCUACAGCCAGCUGCCGAGGGAGCGCUCUGCGGCGAGGCCGUUUCCCUGAGUCACGGAGAGGGCGGGAAGCUGCGCCCGUCUGCCCCCGCCACGUCCUCCUGUAAGGGGCUCGGUCGAAACAGGCAGCGGUCGCAGGGAAAGGAAACGGCACCCGUCAUGCCUCAAGGUGGCCCAAAAGCCUCUUCACUCCCAGGAGACGCCGCAUUUCCUUAAAACGAGCUCUCCAUUCUGGCAGCAAUCAGCCGACCCUUCCCCAUCAGUAUCACGUGCACCUGGAAGUACGUGGGUGGGACCUAAAGCGCCCACGGAAGUGACGUCGGUCGCCCCGAGUCGCAUGAUGUGGCAAAAUGAAAAAAAAAAACUGGGGGGAGAAAAAGAAGACUGGCGAAAGUGAUGAGCCUAAAAAAGUAGUCCCUCCGGUUCCUCUGUUUCCCACCCAUGUGGCGUCAGGAAGCGAGGCACCGGGCGCACUGCGCCUCGAAUUCCUGCGCCCGCCGCGCGCGCCACUCCGUGGAGGGGUACAUAAGGAGGAGGGGGUGAGGCGACUGGGCGGAGUUCUGUCGCCGGGAUCCUUCCGCUGGGCUCAGCCGUUUCCGGAGUCUGCGCUGCGCCGGGUUCCGCCAUUGCGGCUCUCCUGGCCCCUGGAGCCUCCGCCCCCGACCCGAGCUCUUUCGUCUGCCUGCCAGUUUCCUGCGUCCCCGGAGAGGAUCUUGCUGAGCCCAGCCUCCCCCCUCCCCUUCUCCUCCUCUCCCUUGGAGAGCCCGGGCAGCCACUGCCCCGCAGCCCCAGUGACAGGAGGAGACCAUAACCCCCGACAGCGCCAUGGCCCAGAUUCUGCCAAUUCGUUUUCAGGAGCAUCUCCAGCUCCAGAACCUGGGUAUCAACCCAGCAAACAUUGGCUUCAGUACCCUGACUAUGGAGUCUGACAAAUUCAUCUGCAUUAGAGAAAAAGUAGGAGAGCAGGCCCAGGUGGUAAUCAUUGAUAUGAAUGACCCAAGUAAUCCAAUUCGAAGACCAAUUUCAGCAGACAGCGCCAUCAUGAAUCCAGCUAGCAAAGUAAUUGCACUGAAAGCUGGGAAAACUCUUCAGAUUUUUAACAUUGAAAUGAAAAGUAAAAUGAAGGCUCAUACUAUGACUGAUGAUGUCACCUUUUGGAAAUGGAUCUCUUUGAAUACGGUUGCUCUUGUUACGGAUAAUGCAGUUUAUCACUGGAGUAUGGAAGGAGAGUCUCAGCCAGUGAAAAUGUUUGAUCGCCAUUCUAGCCUUGCAGGGUGCCAGAUUAUCAAUUACCGUACAGAUGCAAAACAAAAGUGGUUACUUCUGACUGGUAUAUCUGCACAGCAAAAUCGUGUGGUGGGAGCUAUGCAGCUAUAUUCUGUAGAUAGGAAAGUGUCUCAGCCCAUUGAAGGACAUGCAGCUAGCUUUGCACAGUUUAAGAUGGAAGGAAAUGCAGAAGAAUCAACGUUAUUUUGUUUUGCAGUUCGGGGCCAAGCUGGAGGGAAGUUACAUAUUAUUGAAGUUGGCACACCACCUACAGGGAACCAGCCCUUUCCAAAGAAGGCAGUGGAUGUCUUCUUUCCUCCAGAAGCACAAAAUGAUUUUCCUGUUGCAAUGCAGAUCAGUGAAAAGCAUGAUGUGGUGUUCUUGAUAACCAAGUAUGGUUAUAUCCACCUCUAUGAUCUUGAGACUGGUACCUGCAUCUACAUGAAUAGAAUCAGUGGAGAAACAAUUUUUGUUACUGCACCUCAUGAAGCCACAGCUGGAAUAAUUGGAGUAAACAGAAAGGGACAAGUUCUGUCAGUGUGUGUGGAAGAAGAAAACAUAAUUCCUUACAUCACCAAUGUUUUACAAAAUCCUGAUUUGGCUCUGAGAAUGGCUGUACGUAAUAACUUAGCCGGUGCUGAAGAACUCUUUGCCCGGAAAUUUAAUGCUCUUUUUGCCCAGGGAAAUUACUCGGAGGCAGCAAAGGUGGCUGCUAAUGCACCAAAGGGAAUUCUUCGUACUCCAGACACUAUCCGUCGGUUCCAGAGUGUCCCAGCCCAGCCAGGUCAAACUUCUCCUCUACUUCAGUACUUUGGUAUCCUUUUGGACCAGGGACAGCUCAACAAAUACGAAUCCUUAGAGCUUUGUAGGCCUGUACUUCAGCAAGGGCGAAAACAGCUUUUGGAGAAAUGGUUAAAAGAAGAUAAGCUGGAAUGUUCUGAAGAACUGGGUGAUCUUGUGAAAUCUGUGGACCCUACAUUGGCACUUAGUGUGUACCUAAGGGCUAACGUCCCAAAUAAAGUCAUUCAGUGCUUUGCAGAAACAGGUCAAGUCCAAAAGAUUGUUUUAUAUGCUAAAAAAGUUGGAUACACUCCAGAUUGGAUAUUUCUGCUGAGAAAUGUAAUGCGAAUCAGUCCAGAUCAGGGACAGCAGUUUGCCCAAAUGUUAGUUCAAGAUGAAGAGCCUCUUGCUGACAUCACACAGAUUGUAGAUGUCUUUAUGGAAUACAAUCUAAUUCAGCAGUGUACUGCAUUCUUGCUUGAUGCUCUGAAGAAUAAUCGCCCAUCUGAAGGUCCUUUACAGACGCGGUUACUUGAGAUGAACCUUAUGCAUGCGCCUCAAGUUGCAGAUGCUAUUCUAGGCAAUCAGAUGUUCACACAUUAUGACCGGGCUCAUAUUGCUCAACUGUGUGAAAAGGCUGGCCUACUGCAGCGUGCAUUAGAACAUUUCACUGAUUUAUAUGAUAUAAAACGUGCAGUGGUUCACACCCAUCUUCUUAACCCUGAGUGGUUAGUCAACUACUUUGGUUCCUUAUCAGUAGAAGACUCCCUAGAAUGUCUCAGAGCCAUGCUGUCUGCCAACAUCCGUCAGAAUCUGCAGAUUUGUGUUCAGGUGGCUUCUAAAUAUCAUGAACAACUGUCAACUCAGUCUCUGAUUGAACUUUUUGAAUCUUUCAAGAGUUUUGAAGGUCUCUUUUAUUUUCUGGGAUCCAUUGUUAACUUUAGCCAGGACCCAGAUGUGCACUUUAAAUAUAUUCAGGCAGCUUGCAAGACUGGGCAAAUCAAAGAAGUAGAAAGAAUCUGUAGAGAAAGCAACUGCUACGAUCCUGAGCGAGUCAAGAAUUUUCUUAAGGAAGCAAAACUAACAGAUCAGCUACCACUUAUCAUUGUGUGUGAUCGAUUUGACUUUGUCCAUGAUUUGGUGCUCUAUUUAUAUAGAAAUAAUCUUCAAAAGUAUAUAGAGAUAUAUGUACAGAAGGUGAAUCCAAGUCGACUUCCUGUAGUUAUUGGAGGAUUACUUGAUGUUGACUGUUCUGAAGAUGUCAUAAAAAACUUGAUUCUUGUUGUAAGAGGUCAAUUCUCUACUGAUGAGCUUGUUGCUGAGGUUGAAAAAAGAAACAGAUUGAAACUGCUUCUGCCUUGGCUAGAGGCCAGAAUUCAUGAGGGCUGUGAGGAGCCUGCUACUCACAAUGCCUUAGCCAAAAUCUACAUAGACAGUAAUAACAACCCGGAGAGAUUUCUUCGUGAAAAUCCCUACUAUGACAGUCGCGUUGUUGGAAAGUAUUGUGAGAAGAGAGAUCCACAUCUGGCCUGUGUUGCUUAUGAACGUGGCCAAUGUGAUCUGGAACUUAUUAAUGUUUGCAAUGAGAAUUCCCUCUUCAAAAGUCUUUCUCGCUACCUGGUACGUCGAAAGGAUCCAGAAUUGUGGGGCAGCGUGCUGCUGGAAAGCAAUCCUUACAGGAGACCCCUAAUUGACCAGGUUGUACAAACAGCUUUGUCUGAGACUCAGGACCCUGAAGAAGUGUCAGUAACUGUCAAGGCUUUCAUGACUGCAGACCUUCCUAAUGAACUCAUUGAACUGCUGGAGAAAAUUGUCCUUGAUAACUCUGUAUUCAGUGAACACAGGAAUCUGCAAAACCUCCUUAUCCUCACUGCAAUUAAGGCUGACCGUACACGUGUUAUGGAGUAUAUUAACCGCCUGGAUAAUUAUGAUGCCCCAGAUAUUGCCAAUAUCGCCAUCAGCAAUGAGCUGUUUGAAGAAGCAUUUGCCAUUUUCCGGAAAUUUGAUGUCAAUACUUCAGCAGUUCAGGUCUUAAUUGAGCAUAUUGGAAACUUGGAUCGGGCAUAUGAGUUUGCUGAACGUUGCAAUGAACCUGCGGUCUGGAGUCAACUUGCAAAAGCCCAGUUGCAGAAAGGAAUGGUGAAAGAAGCCAUUGAUUCUUAUAUCAAAGCAGAUGAUCCUUCCUCCUACAUGGAAGUUGUUCAGGCUGCCAAUACUAGUGGAAACUGGGAAGAACUGGUGAAGUACUUGCAGAUGGCCCGUAAGAAGGCUCGAGAGUCCUACGUGGAGACAGAACUGAUAUUCGCGCUGGCUAAAACAAACCGCCUUGCAGAGUUAGAAGAAUUUAUCAAUGGACCAAAUAAUGCUCAUAUCCAACAAGUUGGUGACCGUUGUUAUGAUGAAAAAAUGUAUGAUGCUGCUAAGUUGUUGUACAAUAAUGUUUCCAAUUUUGGACGUUUGGCAUCUACCCUGGUUCACCUGGGUGAAUAUCAGGCAGCUGUUGAUGGGGCUAGGAAAGCUAACAGUACUCGAACAUGGAAAGAGGUCUGCUUCGCCUGUGUAGAUGGGAAAGAAUUCCGUCUUGCUCAGAUGUGUGGACUUCAUAUUGUUGUACAUGCAGAUGAAUUAGAAGAACUUAUCAACUACUAUCAGGAUCGUGGCUAUUUUGAAGAGCUGAUCACCAUGUUGGAAGCAGCACUGGGACUUGAGCGAGCUCACAUGGGAAUGUUUACUGAAUUAGCUAUUCUAUACUCUAAAUUUAAGCCUCAGAAAAUGAGGGAGCACCUGGAGCUGUUCUGGUCUAGAGUGAAUAUUCCCAAGGUGCUGAGAGCUGCAGAACAAGCUCAUCUUUGGGCAGAACUGGUGUUUUUGUAUGACAAGUAUGAAGAAUAUGAUAAUGCCAUAAUUACCAUGAUGAAUCAUCCAACUGAUGCCUGGAAAGAAGGGCAAUUCAAAGAUAUCAUUACCAAGGUUGCCAAUGUGGAACUAUACUACAGAGCAAUACAGUUCUACUUAGAAUUCAAGCCUCUGUUGUUAAAUGAUUUGCUGAUGGUGCUGUCUCCACGGUUGGAUCACACUCGUGCAGUCAAUUAUUUCAGCAAGGUUAAACAGCUACCACUGGUGAAACCAUAUUUGCGUUCAGUUCAGAACCAUAACAACAAAUCUGUGAAUGAAUCAUUGAACAACCUUUUUAUUACAGAAGAAGAUUAUCAGGCUCUGCGAACAUCAAUAGAUGCUUAUGACAACUUUGACAAUAUCUCGCUUGCUCAGCGUUUGGAAAAACAUGAACUCAUUGAGUUCAGGAGAAUUGCUGCUUAUCUCUUCAAAGGCAACAAUCGCUGGAAACAGAGUGUAGAGCUGUGCAAGAAAGACAGCCUUUACAAGGAUGCAAUGCAGUAUGCUUCUGAAUCUAAAGAUACUGAGUUGGCUGAAGAACUCCUGCAGUGGUUUUUGCAGGAAGAAAAAAGAGAGUGCUUUGGAGCUUGUCUGUUUACCUGUUACGAUCUUUUAAGGCCAGAUGUCGUCCUAGAAACUGCAUGGAGGCACAAUAUCAUGGAUUUUGCCAUGCCCUAUUUCAUCCAGGUCAUGAAGGAAUACUUGACAAAGGUUGAUGCAAUAAAGGAAAAGGUGGAUAAAUUAGAUGCUUCAGAAUCACUGAGAAAAGAAGAAGAACAAGCUACAGAGACACAACCCAUUGUUUAUGGUCAGCCCCAGUUGAUGCUGACAGCAGGACCCAGUGUUGCCGUCCCUCCCCAGGCACCUUUUGGUUAUGGUUAUACCGCACCACCGUAUGGACAGCCGCAGCCUGGCUUUGGGUACAGCAUGUGAGAUGAAAAGCUGAUCCUGUAGUCACCUAUUUUCGUACUGAAACAUCGUCUCUACCCACUUCUCAGUUUAUAAUGGGGGAAGCAGGCAACGUGUUCUUGUAACUUUUAUUUCAUGAAGGACUUCUUUUUGUUUCUAACUAUAAACUUGGAUCACCUAUGUUAAAACCUUAUUUCACAUUCCACAUCAUUUUAGGAUUUAUUUUCGAAGGGGAAUAGUUUCAAUGUUUUAUUCACUUGGGCUUUUUUUCUUCCCCCUCUUUCUUUAAAGAACUGCUCAAUAUUCAAUCUGUUGUGAAGAACCUGAUUUGCACUCUGUAGUGUUUAAAGAAACAAAGAAACUCUAAUAUUGAAUCUCUUAAAUUUAGUGUAUGUAAACAGCUUACAAAUACGUAUUGUCUAAAUGCAUUUAAAUCUGUUUUAUUCAAAGAAAAGCUAAAGCAAAAACACUGGCAUAUGACCAUGCAAGACUGUCAGUGCCAACAAAGACAACACUAAUCAGCACAUCGUACACUGGAUUGCAGUGCUUCCCAGAUUAUUGAAAAAUGUUACAGACAACUUGCCUGAUUUUUAAAUGAGCAUAAAAGGCCCUCUAACCUAUGCAGGUUUCCCCAUUAUGCAUAUAGAAAAUGCUAGUAUGUUUUGCUCACUUCAUAUGUAACAGGUGCCCUUAUGUUGUGCUGUAUCCUGUGCUUUUUCUGUGGGACCAUUCCAUUCAGGAGCAAAGAGCACCAUGAUUCCAAUCUUGUGUGUGUUUACUAACCCUUCCCUGAGGUUUGUGUAUGUUGGAUAUUGUGGUGUUUUAGAUCACUGAGUGUACAGAAGAGAGAAAUUCAAACAAAAUAUUGCUGUUCUUCAGUUUUGUUUGUGGAAUUUGAAAUUACUCAAAUUUAAAAUAAAUUACUGGACUGUGGAAAUAACAUAGAA